AGUCGAAACAGGGCGGACCACGUGAAGGUUGCAAUCUCCCACCCCAAAGGCUUCUAUAAUUCACUCUGCCACCAGCCCCAUGACAUUGCUAUAAAUAUACUUACUGUAAUGAAUGGUAAUUUCGAAACUCAAGCAGAGCUGUGCAAAGAUACAAAAUAGGAACAAUAUCACAAGUUCCGCUGGGAUCAUAUUUGCUUUAAAAACAGAAAACUAUGGACUUUGUAUUUCUUUAUUUCAUGAUCUCCAUCUCAGUUACAAAUGCUGCUCUAAGUGGACCACGUGCAGUAAAUGGAACAGAGGGGCAAUCAGUCCAUAUCACAUGUACAUAUGAUCGAUAUUUCAGCAACUUCACAAAGUACUGGUGCAAAGGCAGUGACUGGAUGAGAUGUACCAUUCUGGUACAAACCGUAGGCCAUAACAAGACAACGUCUGAUGGCAGAAUAUCCAUUACAGAUGAUACCAAAGUCGGGGAGUUCUCAGUCACCAUGGAAAAUCUCACACUGAAUGAUGAAGGGUGGUAUUGGUGUGCGAUUAGGAGAAUUUUCAUUGAUCUGCGAAGUCGUGUGAAACUUAAUAUCAUUGAAAAUCCGUCAACGUCAAAGGAUAUCUGGAAACAUAAUACUAACUACAAUUUCAUAUGGAGCAUUUUGCGUUGGAUAUUCUUUGCCAUUCUGCUUGUCUGGGGUAUAGUGACCGUGAGAAUGUAGGCAAAGAAAACAGGGCGAGAGCGGUCUGUUACUCUGCACCACUGCCCCAUAACUCAUCAGUUAUUUCAACACUGAAAACCAUCCAGUGAACUGAAGAACAAGGACUAUCCUCAAUGUGUUCCUGUUUAUCACAUACACACCAUCGACUGGCCGACUGAUCUGAUGUAAAUACUGUGCUCUCAAAGCAUUAGUUCCCUUUCAAGGUCUCUGCUCCCCAAUAGAAGGGGAAACUUUUUUUCUCAGUUCAGUUCAGUUCAGUUUAGUUUAUUGUCACAUGUACCGAGGUAUAAGGUCAUGAGGUCAUAAGUGAUAUGAGCAGAAUUAUGCCAUUCAGCCCAUCGUCCACCUCGCCAUGGCUGGUCUAACUCUCCCUCCUUAACCAUUCUCUUGCCUUUUCCCCAUAACCUCUGACACCUGUACUAAUCAAGAACCUA